AUGGUCGCCCCCACGGACCAGUCGUCUGCCAUCUACGAGAAAGCGAUCCGAAAGUACCACGAAAUCACGGGGGAGACUUUCGAGGGAGAUCUUCUCACAAAGCUUCGCAGCGUCAGCGAUCUCACGAAAGAAAUUGACGAGAGAAACAACGCCUUUCGCGAAUUCCGCGAAAAGCGAAGCGCCUUGUUUGAUGUGCUCGAAGCAGCCCUGAUCCCCGUGCAAUUAUUCGGCAACCUUGCAGCUGGGGGCGCGUCGAUGGUGUUCCCCCCAAGUAGUCUCGUAUUUGGGGCCGUCAUGCAUUUAGUGGGUGCUGCAAAGGGGGUAUCGGCCUCGUACAAUGCGAUUCAAGACUUGAUGCAGAUGUUGCAGGACUUCACCAUCCGACUCAGAGCGUACACGCAAGAAGCCAUCUCCGAGGCUCUAAGCGACAAGCUGAGCGAUAUCAUCGUUACCCUUAUCGAGAUUUUUGCCUUGUCAUCUAAGACCAUCCGGCGAGGCCGACUGCUCAAGUACACCCGGAAUAUUCUACUCGGUAACGAUGAUGCUAUUCAAGCCGCGAUGGUCAGACUUGACAGGUUUACCCAGGUCGAAGUUAACUUAGUUGGAGCUGAGACCUUGACCGAGUCGAAGAGAGCUGGCCGUGUCGUUGAUGGUAUAUCUGUGACUGUAAACGCCACCAACGAGACUGUCCUCGAGACUGGGAUGACGGUGAAUCAGAUAAGCGCACAGGUACACGAGGUACAGGAGACCCUAGAGAAACUCAUUGUUUCCGGGAAUGAAGAAAAGCAGGAUACCCGUGAGAAUCAAGAAGCUCUGCAGGGGCUCAUCAGCCAGGUCCUCAGGCCAUCCAAGAUUGAUUCAGCCCAGGAAUGGUUUGACAAGAUUGACAAGGCCCGUGUACCGGGAACAGGAGACUGGGUUCAUGAGGAUGAUGUUUUCCAGUCGUGGAUCAAUAAGGAAACGCCAGUCAUUUUUGUGUCUGGGAAUCCAGGUUCGGGAAAGUCAUUUCUGGCGGCGAACAUGAUCAGUUUCCUUUUCGAUCGGUUUCCCCCGGGCCUUCAGCGCAACCCGCUGAUUUCGAUCGGCUACUUCUUCUUCAAAGGUGACAAACCCCAAACAAGGUCCUUUCAUCAGGCUUUGCGAGACUUAGCCUUUCAAAUCAGUAAGAACGAUUCAGGGUACCGAGAGUAUCUCAUGACCAUCGAGGAAUUUGAACAGAUUAGCACGCUUGAGAGCGCGUGGCGUCUCCUCUUCGGGGAAUACUUCCUCAAGAGACCUAACACUGAGAGCACCGCGUAUAUCCUGCUGGAUGCAGUGGACGAGGCUCUGGAUGAGGAGUGGAGGGUCUUCGUUGAUCUCUCAAAGCAAUUAUAUAGCAACCAGUCGUGUUUGCAGCUUGCUAUCAUUGGUCGACCUUAUAUCAGUGAUCAACUGCUCGAAGGUCUAGAGGUAAAGGUGCCAACCCUUCACGUCACCAAACAGAAGAACUCCGGCGAUAUUACCCAGUAUAUCCACAUCAGCAUCAAAAAGUCCUUGCUUCUGCGAAAGGUGUCAGCAAAGCUACGGGAUGAGAUCAUUGAGAAACUCUCGGCUGGGGCGGAAGGCAUGUUUCUUUGGGUGAACCUCAUGCUGCAGGAGUUGGCUAAGAAGCGAAAUGAGACCAGUAUGCGGAAAGCAAUGGAGCAGGCUCCCCGGGGGCUCAAGGAGAUGAUCCGCCACGUUUUGGUCACUUUCUCCGAAAGAUCCAACGAGGAGGAGCUCGAGUAUCUCAAUGAAACGUUACUCUGGGUCACCUGCGCGAACCUACCGUGGAGACUGGGAGAGCUAGAGGCGAUCCUUAGAUUGAAAUCAUCCGAAGGCGAUGGCAUGAUUGACCUUGAAGGAGCCCUACGGCGCCAGUGGGCAUCAUUCUUCUCCCUGGACCGAGAGGAUGGCCUUACGACAGCCGAGCUAGAGAAUGGAUCAGCCCAUCUAGAUGUGUUCGACUGGAAGGCCGACGAGGACAGACAGGAUGUAUACAAGAGUUCCGACGAGGACUAUUUCAUGGAAUUCAACUCAAAAAAGGAUACAACUACCGUCACUUUCUGUCAUGCAUCUAUUGUCGACUUCUUCCGCGAUGAGUUAGAGGGCAAGGUGUCCGCUGCAAGGGGCCACAUUGGUGUCGGCGUCGAUUACCAAGUAGCCAAAGUUCAUAUCCUCAAGACUUAUUUAAGGUUGAUCACCAAUCCCGACAUUGCAGCGAAGGCCAGUGACUCAGGGCAGAUGCUUCGACACGCUGCACGACAUUGGGGCGAUCACCUGCCCACCACUCUCCCGACCAAGGGCUCACCAGAGGAUAGACGAGAGAUUGCAAAGAUGAUAUUGGUGGCUUUUCGAUCAGAAAAGUCAAUGUCGAGCUGGCUUGGGGAAUAUAAUUGGGCUCUUUCUACGGCUACCAUCAAAGCUGUCCGACAAUGGUGGCAAGAGCAAGAAAUCUUAGAGUCUCUAUCUCCGGAAGAGAAGGAAUUUAUCUCGACAACGGAGGAAGAGCCAGUCAGUUUAUUCAAGCCAAUGGUAAUGUACUGCAUCAAGAGGUGGUUGUGGGAAGACCUGCCUAGUCCUGUUCCCAUGCUCUCUAUAGUCCGGCGCUACCAAAUGCUCGUUAAGGGCGAGGACAUCGAUGAUUACGAUAGGAGCAUGACCGCAGAAGACGUGGUCGAGGCCGCUGAGUUUGGUGGUUUUGAGAAGACCAGUCAAUGGUUUCAACGAUGUGCGAUCGCUUUGCGCCAGUCGGGAUGCCACGAGGAAGCCUUACAGUACCUCAAAAAGGCAAUGGAACUCAAUCCGGAUGAUUGGCGAACCCUUCGUGAGCUAGCACAAACAUAUCAGGAUCAAGACGAAUGGCAAAAAUCCAUUGAGCUUUGGGAACGGACUCGAGUUAGUCUGUUGACCGCAAUUGCGGAGUCACCAGAGGAUGAACCAUUGAAAGGACAUCUUCAUGAGUGUUUGGAACGUCUAGGUCAAAUCUACGAAGAACAGGAGGAUUGGGAGAAGCGGUUUGAGACGGUUCAAGAGGCAUACCAAUAUGCACCUGCUUGUUGGAACUGUAUCUAUGCCCUCUUGCAAUACCAUAACGACAAUCACGCUUACGAAACAACCAUGGACUUGCUGAAGAAGCUAGCCGACACUCCGGCACCGGAAGAAGAUUUCUCAGAACUCACCCGAUUCUUACUGGAAAACGUAUUUGGUGUGGACGGCAAGUCAAGGUUGGCUGCCGAUGCCGCAUUGGCUACUAAUGACCUGGAAUUUGUGUUGGAAAACUUGCAAACGGCGGCUAGGGCAGCUCGAACAGCAUCGAGAACGUUACUUGCCGCAGAGGUGGAUAUGGCUAUCGCUCGAAUAUAUGAUGAGCUACUUUUAGACAACUUCAAGGCAAUCAGGUGCUGGGAGAAGAUCAUGGAUACAUACUCAUCCUCGUCCUCCGGGACCCUGAUUGGGAUGAUCAAACAGCUCGCCUCCUCAAACUUAGCUCGCGCGUUUCUCUGCGACGCAGUCGAAACGGGAUUUGGCACUCCAGAGGCUGAAGAAUCAGUGGCCAAGCUCGAGAAGCUCGCUCACCAAAGCCAAUAUUAUCCCUUGGGAAGCUGCGCCUUCAUGCCGGCCGUCUCCUUGGGCGUCUGGUGCCGCCUCGGAGGGCAAGACGGACGGGCGCGGGCUCUCUUCCAACCAUCCCUACAACGAAUCGUUCAAAAUCUCCCCGAUGACAAUCCCACGAACGAGGAGCUUUCCGAUCUGAAAAAUACUCUGAUAAGGGCCGGAGAUAUCAAAAAUGUUGCUGCAAUUGCCCACAGGCGGGAAGAGGACAACAGCGAUCCCUGGUACAAAUGCCGCGGUCCAUGCCGGCGAAAAGUAUUAAAACGUGAUGGCUCUCACAUUUGCCCCAUCUGUUUAGGGGGUGAGUUGUGUCCGGACUGCGUUGGCCUGGUGGGAGGCGCGAUGUCCAAGCAGAGAUGUAAUCUCCGACACGUUCAGUACUUUAUCUCCGUUCUUCCACCGUUAAAGGAGAUCCGCAGCGGCAUGAUGCUGGUCGGCGACGAGGAGAUGGUGUUUGAGACGUGGUUGACCCAGUUGAAGAAGGAAUGGGUUCUUGGUGAUUGUAAACCUCCGGCUUCCACCGCAGGUCAUUUUGACUUUGGUGACUUUUUACUCGGCCUUGUGGCGUAA